CUUAAGCAGCAGCGGCAGCAUUUGCUCCCACUAGCUAUGCUGAUAUGAACGACGGAACGACGGGCGACGAGAGCGCUUGGUAGCAAUGACCCCGAGGCACCUGUGCCGCAGGCCGCGGCCGCUGUUGGGGUGCAGCAACAGCUGCAGCAGCGUGCUCGCUCGUCAGGGCUUCCGCCAGAGCCUGGAGCGUGUGGACGUGGUGAUGGGCCUGAGCGCGGCCACCGCUAACGGGCGCUGGGCACCUGGCUGGUGUGCAACCGCAUUAGCUAGCUGCGACGCAUUCAACUCAUGGGGCCCUUAGUGCAGGUUUGGAAGGUGCAUUUCUUAGUGCAGGGUUGGAAGGUUCAUUCAGGGCUGUCGCGUUAGGCCAGGGUAGGCAUGCAAGAGCGGUGCCUGUAUAUGCUGUGGGUGUACAGGUUGUACCUUAUCGAAGCACCAGGUGAACGGGCAGGGUAUCAUCAGGCUGCAAGGGUGCACCCGCCGUACGUGGAGUGAACGAGUGUGUUGUCGUGGUUUUGCAGCACCCCUGGUUUGCAGCAUUGGGCGGGUGUCCGUAGAACGGCAUGCAUUAAUCAGCCACGCACAGACCUACAUGGUCUGGAGUGUACCGGAUGAUGAUGGCGUACUGGAGCUAGCACGCGCGAAGGGACUGGGACGCUCGGGUAGCGCGGCGGCAGCUGACGUGGGUUAUCAAGGUAGCGCAAUGAGGUAG